AUGAGUUCAUCUGCAACGCAGAGAUACGAAGAUGAUACUCGCUGGAACGACUUGGAAAGCAGCCUGAACAAUAUCCACUCACAAUCCCUCCUCAUUAAUCAAGAAUCCAGCGAACAGAAUGGACUGCUAGAUGGCUUAAGCAGCUUCAUUGACACUAUCAACAACAAAAUGAGCAGCGGGAAGAAAUACUUUGAUAAGCUGAGCGUGACGAACGAUAAGCAGAGUAUCUGUAUAGCCGUCCUCAACGGUGAACCGACCAGAUUAGACGAUCCAGACGAUAACAGUUUGAUUCUUGAUGGCGACGGCUUUGAAGUCGACCUCAAUCUCCACGACGACAGCAGAAUCCUCUAUCUCUUCAACCGACACCAGCUCAAGUCAUUUCAUAAGGACAACGUGAAGCUGUACAGCACACCCCUUGAUUCUCUAAAUGACUAUAUCUCCGCUGCUCGUUUUCAUUUCGAGCACUCUCAGCAUCUCCACGCUGCCGCUAUCAAUCGUCAUAACAGCAUUACAGUCGCAUUGCUCUACAUAAAGAGACAGAUUGAUCUUCUCGAGAGUUUGAGAUCCGAUUUCGACAGUACAUCCACCACUCUCCUAUCGCAGCACGCGGAGUUAUUACAUCAUCACCAAUUCCAUAUGCAUCUCAUUAGCAGCAUCCCCGUGAACCCUAAACUAGUCAAGAACAGAUCGCGUUAUUUGAGUGAUUACAUGAGUAUUCAGAAGAUGGAUCAGAUUUACUCCCAUUCACUCGACACACACAUACAACACCACCAUCAGCAUCAGUUGCUCGAUGAGCUCUGGGUUGAUAUUGACAAUGAGUUGCAAGACAUUGAGAUGCUAUUACAAGCGGUGAAUUUUAGUGAAUUCGAUAAUGCCUUAACAGAAGCUGCCGACGCAUUUGACAGUACAUCUCAGCUGAACAUGAGUCAACGUGAGCACCUUGACCAGCUUGAUGCAUUUUUGCGAGAAGAUGUAAUUACACUGACUAAUCUAAAAAACUCCCAACCUCAUCUCGAGUACCUAACGCGGUUGUCGCACAUACAUGUGCAGUUGAGCGAUAUACCGAGAAGAACCACCAACUUGAAGCACUCUAUUGGCACGCUUAGCUCAUUUCAACACCUCACUCGCCUCAAGGCUAUGCCUACUGCCUAUGUUUCCCUCAUAGCUGAACUUGCACGUCGUAAUGCUUUCGACAGCCACUAUAAAGAAAAAACCUCUGAUAUAGCUGAGCUACUUGCAAAUGAAAGCCGUAAGGAGGAAAUAAGGAGAUUGACGCUAGUUGAUUUCGAUAGCGUUGCCAGCUCGACAUCUACUGCAAAAAAUGUUGCUCUCUCGGAAGCGGAUGAUUAUAUGAAAGUCGCAGCUGUGAAACCUGCGCGCUUCCUGCCUUUUGAUGUUGCCGGGUUCGACAGCAUGAUCAAUAUGCCAGAGGUUAAUCUGCGCGGAGGCAACCUUCCUGUGCGGAUAACCGCGGAUGAGUUGGAGGAGGUUGUGCAAGUCGUGAAGAGGGCUGUUGAGGAGUAUGGUAUGGAGCGGGAGGUGAAAAGUGCAGCGGAGUAUUCUGUCCAACAUUCAGUGGAGCGCCCAGCUAUCGACACCUCGCAACGACACAUCGAUACUUCCGCAAUAAUACCCCUAUUCAGUGUCUACGAGAGCACCCUAACGUACAUCCACGCUCUCGAUGUGGAAUGGGAGAAAAAGGCGAGUGCGAUACUGUUACCGCAGUCAACAAAGAAGAUGCGAGUAUCGCACGACAUAGACCAGCUGCGACGGGAGCACGAGGGGGAGGUAGCGAAACUGCGCAAGACACACGCCGACGCAAUGCAACAGCAGAAGGAGGAGCACAACCGCACCGCGAGUGAACUAGCGAGCAAAGAGGAGGUGAGUGUGAUGCGCACGCGCAUAGGUGAGCUAGAGCAGCACAAUGAGGAUAUGAACGAAUCAGUUGCGGCGUGCGCGCGGACAAUUCGCGCGCGCGACGAGACGAUAGAGGAGCUCAAGCGAAACUAUGAGGAGCAAGUGACUGUGCGCGAUCAGGAACUGCGCCAUAUCCGCUCAGAGAUGGAUGCAGAUCAUGCCGUGCUGUCCAGACAUCUCGAAUUGGCUAGCCAUGAGCUGGCGCGGAAGGGAGAUGAUGCGGCUGAUGCACGCGCUCAACACAAGUCACUCGCUGAUAACCUAGCCAAGGUGCUCGCGAGGGCAGGCGAGAAAGAUCGCGGGAGUGCUGGUGUGGGUGUGGGCGUGGGUGUGAAUAAUGUGCUGCUGAAUUUCUCAUCAACUUUCUCGCACACCCCUCAAACCUCACAUACAUCCCACCCACCAAUAACACCCCUCACGCCCCACACACAACAUCCCGAUGACCUCGUCAGUAGGGUGGCGGCGUAUGUGCGCAGAUGGCAGAAGGAGGCUAAGGUCAACCGCGAGCGCGCUAAAGAGAAACUGGCCUUUAGGAAUUUCGGUAGAGGUGACCUGGCAUUAUUCCUCCCGACGCGCAAUGCAGCAGCUAAGCCGUGGGCUGCUUUCAACAUCUCCUUCCCGCACUACUUCCUUAAGCCAACACCAUCGCAGAGUGAGACACUGAAGAGUCGCGAGUGGACAGUUGCGCGCAUCACCAACAUCGACGAGAAGAUAGUCGAUGGCACCUCGGAUAACCCGUUCGGACUCGGAAUCGGAGUCAAGUAUUUCCUACUCGAUGUCGAUAUCUGGCAGCCGAAGCAUCGCCGCGGGCCAUCUCGAAGUGGAGGUGGUGGAGAUGGCGGUGGUCUAAGCGUAGUAGUGGAUGACAAUGAGAACGAGAGGGAGAGGGGAAGCAAUUCCACCCAGCCACACACACACAACCACACGCCUAGCAAUCCAAAUCCGUUUAGCGUGGUAGAAGGAGGUGGUCUCGACAGUCCGUGUACCCGAGCAGGUACAGCCAACAACAACGAUGACGAUAAUAGCUCGGCAGCGGAAAGGAGGAUGCAUGAUCGAGACCCUAGACGAAGGACGGGGUCAGCGACAUCAAGUGCAACAUCGUCGCGCACACGCUCCAGCGUCAGUCAACAACCCCCACCUAACCUUCUCAGUCAGAGUCCAGGGGUUACGACCACUCUCACGCGAGCUCUGUCCGAGCAGAAGGAGAAGAGGGAGCAGGGACCAAUUGAAGAGGCGCGUUCGUCUGUGUCACCUGGGGUAAACGAACAUGCUACUACUUCCAGGGAUGGGCGCAGCCGCACAGUUAGCGUCACUGGAGCAGCACAAGACCUCCUCAGGAAUAGCCUCAAGCGGCAGCAACAACACAGCCCUACUUUGUAG